UUUACUGAGGGCUUAUUACGUACUUCCAGAUCACUGCAGGACUACAGUAAUGUGGAAAUGUAGUGUACAUUGUAAUGAACGUAAAGGGUGGGAUGUGAGGUCUCAAAUUGGAUACAACUGUAAGUGUACCAUGAAGUUGUCCCUGCGCUUAGUCAAACGCUACCCACGAAGACUUGUGGGGGAACGGAGUUGUAGCUCCGCUAUUCUUGACCUCGGCACUAGAUUCGGCAGCCCCUGUCCCAGGUUCAUCCAGAGAUUCUCUGCGACUGCUAUAUCGACUAAACCAAUGUCAGAAGAAGCCUAAUUACAGUGGCCAACACCAUCCCAUCAGCCAGCAGAAGCCUCUUGUAACUGCUUCACUUAUGUCCUCACAACUGCAAGCAGCCUCGGUCAUGGCAGGGAACAACAGCUGCAUUGCACAACAAUACAGCUGUUAUGUUUUCAACCAAAACAUUUCGGAUCGUACUUCUGUUCAGCCAUGCGCAAACACUCAACUUCCUGAGACACUUUACAGCAACGUGGAAAACUCUUCCAAUAAUGAAAUAACACCCACUCUUUCAUCCAGUGAGGAAAUGUCAUACGAAAAGUUCAGCACCAAAGAAAUGUGUAUGAUUUCUGAGAUGACUCCUCUAACCCCACAUGGUCAUACAUCUUCUGCAAGCGAAACUUCAAACACCACUAAUAAACAGAAUGAGUGGAAGCAGACAGAAUAUUUCUAUAUUAAAAGACAGGAGGAGAAACAGUCAUUUCAAGACUCACAUGCCCCUGUGACCAGUUGCAAUAAUGGCAGUGCUCAUGGUGCCAGGCCCAAGGCAUACAGCAAAACAACCGUCACUGCAUCCAGGACUUCUGUUUCAGAAGACGUGACCAACUGGGCAUUGCCUUCAGAAGGUUCAGAAGGACGUCGUCAGUGGUGCUCCUUCUGUGCCAAGAAUGGAGAGCCAAGAACAGUGGUGAUGAGCCAUACACUAUACAAUUCAGAGACCAACACACUUCACUGCCCCAUUCUGCGUGCACACCACUGUGAAGUCUGCAAUGCCACAGGUGACUUUGCACACACCCGCUCAUACUGCCCUCGCAUCCGCAUGCUACAAGGGGAUAUGGAGUCUACCAUAACUGCCCUCAAGUCCACUAGAAGACAAGCCAGUGGUAAGGUGCGAAAUAAUAAAGCCAUCAUGAAGUUACCAAAGUAAGGUUUUAGACAAGGCUGUUUCAUUACACAUUAGCUGUCAACUCUUCAGCCUCUCUUAUAUCAAAAUAGCUGAAGGGUCAACACUUAAAUAUUCCUUUUGUGUGAGAUCACUUAUAACAAGUUACUUUAAAUAUUAACCUCUUAUUAAUGCAAUUUGAUUUUGCCAUUUAACCUGGCAAAGAGAGAAGUUCCUACCUAAAUUACACAGACUAUAAGCAUCAGGUCUUCAUUUCUGUUGCAUGAAUGAAUUGUGAAUGUUCUUCACGUGUAUGGUGAUAACUGUUACAAGAUUUCAAGUAUUAUUAUAUUCUGAGUUCACUGAAUUUAUGAUCUGCAAUCAGAACGAGGGUAUCAGGGUGGUUAACAUUUUUCAACUUCUGGAUUUGAGGUUCUUACAGCAGUGACUGUGAAGAAUAUUAUCAUCUGUGAUGUAACACCAUGUAGUCCAGUGG